AUGGAGAAGAUAAGAACAAUAUUGAAGAGGAUCAAGACAUGUAUCUCUCUGUCUGCUCCAGGUCCUCAUGCAUUCCUGGUGGUUCUGAGACUUGGCAGGUUCACCAAGGAGGAGAAAGACACUGUCAAGAUAAUUCAAAGUACUUUUGGUGAGGAGUCAACUAAAUAUCCACUAGUAUUGUUCACACAUGGGGACAAACUGAAGACACAAACUAUUGAAAACUUUAUUUCAAAGAGUGGAGAACUCAGAGAGUUCAUUGAGGUUUGCUAUGGGCGAUAUCAUGUCUUCAACAACCUUGUGAACAACCAGGAACAGAUUGACCAGCUCCUGGAGAAAAUUAACAGAAUAACUUAUGAGAAUGAUGGUGGGCAUUACACCAAGAUGUUCAAAAAAGCAAUAAUGGCAUCAAAGGUAGAGAAGAGGAGACUUUAAAAUGACCUGCAAUCAAUGGAGCAGAAGAGGUGGAAUGCUCUGAAGGCUGAAGUAGAGAAAGAAAUGAAGUUAACAGGAGAGUCAAUGAAACAUAAUAAAUGUCUUCUGCUGUAG